AUGGAUGCGCAGACGUGUGCAGAGAUGGUGAGCGCCAUGACGGCGGCGUCUUCGCCACUCGCGCGGGCUGUUUUUCUUACAAUGGCCGCAAUACAGGACGAGGCGUGGACAUGUUGCCACGGCGACGGCUCUCCAGCAGGGACGCUGUGUGCAGUGGAGGGAUGGAGGGCGCUGCGGGCAAGCACGACUCUACCGGCAACGGUGGAGGUGCACUACCAGGUGGGUGGCGCGUGUGACAACAUCGUGAAGGUCAAGUGGGUUCCCAUGGACGAUACCCACAUGAUGGUGAUCGCGCAGAGCAGAGAUGGCAGCACAUCACGCCAACCCGUAGGCGUGCCACUCUGCACAGAGGAGGAGCCGCUCGCGUCCGUCAUGCAUGGUAAGACGGAGUGGAACGCGGAGACGCUGGCCGCGGCGACAAGGCGGCUGCGACCGUCACUCCAUGAUGCCUUCGGCAUUGCUCAGUGCGUUGGCACAAAAGGAACUGUUUCUGCCGCGCAACCACCGCAAGAACAACAAGAGCCGACAAACAGACCUUUCGAGUGUGGCCCCGACAGACCGCACGGCAGUGCACCACCUGCCGCCCAGUCUCUCUUCGAUGGCGUGGCGCCGCGGCCGCCCGGCUACCGCUACGGUGAGGGCGAUUUGGUGCCAGGCGGCAGCCUCGCACCAGGAAGUGGCAUGAUGCUCAACACCCAGGCGUUUCGCACCGGCACACUCCCGCAGGCUCGCUACGACCCUAUGUUCCCCGGUGAUGUGCGCGGCGGCAGGAUGUGGGGGCCGGGCGCUGGCCGCACAUUUCCUGGUGAGCCAGAUCCCGACCUUUUCACGCCGCCAGGUGGCCCGGCGUUUGGAUCCGCCUUUGGCCCCGGAAUGGGCCGGGGUGGUGGUGGCGGUGGUAUGCCGCCGUUUCUGCAGUGA